UGGAAAGGUGGGGUUUAGAGGUAUUUGCAUGACUUAAUCAUAAAUCUACAGUAUUAUGGAACAAAUUCAUUUUGUAUCGCACGCUUAUACUUUUUUGUCAAUUCAACAGGCCGUCUUAAGCUACAAUGAACCCAAAGGAUCUAGACACUACCGAACACACAUUAACUGCAAGAUCUGCAUCUCCAACAACACUUUCCGUAUCACCCUCCCUCGACACACCUUCUCUUCUCUCUGCAACACUCUUGCCAAAUAGUUCUUCUCCAUCUCGUCUCUCACCCUGUCCACUUCCCUCCUCCCCUUCUCGCCUCAGUCCAUCUUCUCAUUUUAUUUCAUCUUAUUCUCCGGUUCGUUUGUCUCCUUGUCCCACACCUGAACUAUCUCCAUCACCCACUAGUCCAUCCUCCCAUGAGCCUCUUUCUUCUGUCAUCUUCAAAAAGCCCAUCCACAUUACCUCCUUUAGUCAAACUGGGGGAACCCUGGAACACCACAAUCAGAUUCACAGUUCUCCACCCUGCAUCAUCAAUACAGUGGACACAUGUCUGAAUGUUCCACAUCUGAAACCAGAUGAAGCCAUUUCUCAAUCUGAGCCAACAUCAACUGACAGCUCAUCGGUACCUAUUGAAGAAAACAAACCAUUGGAUUCCCUUCAUAUGCAUGAUAAGAAUUUGACAGAAGGGAAUAAAACAUCUAGAUUCACACCCAUUUCAUCCCCUGAGAGAAAAGCUAGAUCAAUUCCCAUAACCAGAACAAGCCAGAAAACUGGCCCAAAACUGGAUCAACCUCAACUAAAAAACCUGAAUUUAAACGUCACUGGAGUUACCAAACCUACAAAGUUCGAAAGCUUAAGCCCUCACACACUGAAACAUGUUGAAAAAGGUGCGAGAAUCCCACAGACUUUAGCGAGCUACCAAAAGAGGCGCCAAUCCCAGGACCCAACUCUUGUUCAAAUCCGUCUCGGAUUGAUUAAAACAGGGAGGAUUGUAAACGCUGGCACCCAGCUCUCUCAAUCUGAGAAGAGGAAGCCAAGCAGUGAAGAGAAUGAGCCAAGAAUUCAGGAUGGAGAUUCACCUAUUUUGGGAAGGCUACCGCUUCCCAUUCAUUCAAAGAUAAUGUUAGGGUCAGCUAAGGAGAUAGUAAGACCUAACUUGAUGUGUCAGGGCAGUGUUAAAGAUCAAAACCACAAGAAAAACUUUACACUAGCUUCAAUGAAAGAAACGAGCCAAACCUCUAAACAAAUCACAUCUGCACAUACUUCAUCACCAAAAAUGACCACAAACCAAGAGGGUGCAUUUCAAAAACUUGGCAGUACAAGUUCGCUAAAAGGAUACAAUGAAGUGAUUUCAUCUAGAAGCCAAAACAGAGCUGUCGAUGAUAUUUCUAAAGACCUUAAACUGAUGAUCAACUCUACGCAACUCAAUCAAUCCAGCAAUAAUGACAACCUUACGUCUAAAUCUAAGAACAGGUCAGUGUGGCCGGAUAAGCAACUUCCAGUUCCCUUUGAAGAGCCACAGAUCAUCCACCGAAUGCAGUCAACUGGGCAGAAUCUGUAG